AUGUCCGACCUCCCACUGAGAGGCUCCGCCCCACCAGCCAUACCACCAUCGGUUGCUGGCUCAUCGUCCUUGGGUGGUGAUGCCUCGCCAAUCUCGCCAGACCCUACCUCAACUAGGGCCACAUACUCGACAGUUGUCCCAGCUCGAUCCCACCACACAUCACCCUGCUGCAGGUCCUGCUCCACCACAGGUUCCGCCCAUUCAUCGGAAUACGAGUCUGACUCGGGGAUGGCCCAACCGCACCAGGAGAUGGAGGUGGAGGGCACUCAGGAAGGCGAAGGGGUCUCGAGGGACCCCUCCGUCAACCUUCUUCUAGGUAUUGACCACCUAAACACGCUACGCUCUCGAGCGGCGCACUCAGUCCUGGAUUUGUGGAGCUCCACUUUCCAGGAUCCAACUUACCGAGGCUCUGAGUUCUUAGAGCUUCAACAGCCUGACGGGCGGCCGCUACAGCCAUCGUACCUCAAUGGGGGACCUUGGCUUUCAACUUUCAGACACAGUAUCACUGAGUUCGCUCGCGUUUGCCGGUGUAUAACUGGCCACGCGCCCAUUGGAGUGUACUACCGACGCUUCAAGAUCAAUGAGCCUCAUGGCUGCACUUGCGGGGCUGCUUUGCAGUCCCGUCAGCAUAUUCUCUUUCGCUGUCGCGAUCGCUACUCCGUGCACUACCCCCGAUUCCUUGGGGACAUUGCAGCUUUUAUGAAGUACAACCCCACGGCAUUUGGCUUCAACCGAGACCCCUCAGGUGUUGGAUAA